AUGUUGGAUGAGCUGAUGUGUUUAGUGAUGGCAAAUCUCAAUAGCCUCAAACUACUUUACGAGAUUGAAUACCUCGAUGAACCUAUCCCAGGCGUGCGAAACGAUUUCAUGACCAGCUACACAUGCAGUCACAUCAUCGGCAAGGGUAUUGAGUACAUCUUGGAGUCACCGCAUUCGUCCUGUUCGGAAUUUGUCAAAUGCGAUGUAAUCAUCUAUGAGAAUGAGAAAGAACUCAGAGAAUACCAGGACAGUGAUGGAGGAUGUGAGCGUCUCUUGACAAAUGACAAGGAUGGGAAGAUCGUUGACGAUGGAUGGAUGACGAAAGGCUUCGACUUCAUUCCUGAAACCUACAUCAGUUUCGAGCUCCUGUUCAACGCCACCACAUCUAUUGAACCAGCCCCCAAGCCUCUACUAGCCUCGACUAUGUCAGCCCCAACCGAUGAAACUCAGCAAAAGACUCCAGGUCCGCUCUUCACCGUCUACGAGAUACCCUAUUGGUCGCGCAAAACCGGUUACGAUACUGGCUACACGGACAAUCCAGGUAUAUACUGGACAGCUCGAAAGAUACCUUAUUGCAAUCGACCUUCAGCUGUCCCCGAAAAACUUGAGGUCACCGCCACACAGCUCAAACGCUUGAAAGGGCUAGACAAAGGAAGCGAACCGCUGAAGAACCGCCAACGAGAGCUCCUCUUCUGUUUCAAAAACUGGCCUAAGGACGCCAUAGACUACCUCGGCUACGAAGAACAUGACGAAAACUAUGAGGUUUCAGAGGAUCAAUGGGCAACGGGCGGCUUACUUGAAUUCCUCGGAGACGUUUUAUUUUAUUAA